AUGGGGGGAUAUACUAUCAGAGGUACCGUAAAUAAUCAUAUCAAACGCUAUUCUAGGAAAUUCAGUUCUAGUGCAAAGGUUUAUAUUGACAGAGAGACAAAAAUAAUUUGUCAAGGUUUAACUGGUAAACAGGGUUCAUUCCACACGACACAAUGCCUUAACUACUGCGGUACCAAAUUUGUUGGAGGUGUGCAUCCCCAAAAGGGUGGUUCAACCUGGGAAUCACUAGACUUUCAGCAUAAGUUACCCAUAUUUUCCUCUGUCAAAGAUGCAAUGAGUGCAACUGGUGCCAAUGCCUCUAUGAUUUUUGUCCCUGCUCCAGUAGCCAAAAAGGCGCUUGAGGAAGCGAUUGAAGCGGAAAUGCCAUUGGUUGUAUGUAUUACUGAGGGCAUUCCGCAACAUGAUAUGAUCAAGAUACGACAUUUGAUUAAGGAAAAGGAUAAUAAAACGACUCUAAUUGGGCCAAAUUGUCCAGGAAUUAUCAAACCAGGGCACUGUAAAAUUGGCAUUAUGCCCGGAUCGAUUCACAUGCCAGGGUCAAUAGGAAUCAUAAGCCGAAGUGGUACACUUACUUACGAAGCAGUGUAUCAAACCACAUCCGUGGGGUUUGGACAAUCUGUUUGUAUAGGAAUAGGAGGGGAUCCAUUCGGCGGAAUAACAUUUAUCGAUUGCCUGGAGAAAUUUUCGCAAGACCCUGAGACAAAGGCUGUCGUAAUGAUUGGAGAAAUAGGUGGGACGGCUGAGGAAGAUACUGCAGAGUGGUUGAAGGCGAACCCGCAAUUUGUUAAGGACAAGAAAGUUAUCGCGUUUAUUGCAGGAGUAUCCGCUCCUCCAGGGAGGAGAAUGGGUCACGCUGGUGCGAUUAUUAGUGGCGGUAAAGGAACUGCUAAGGAAAAAAUGGAGGUACUUAGGGAAGCUGGAGUGGAAAUAGUUGAAUCGCCAACCGAAAUUGGAAUUAUACUUAAGAAGAUUAUGUUGUAG